UCACCACUGUUUCAAAGUAGACCCAUCAUUUCUCAUACAUCUGUACUAUGCUGCGAACUCUGCUCCUGUUUUGUUGUUCUUCAGGUAAAAGUCACUUUAGCUUUGCUUCAUUACAAACUUGAACUUGUCAAGAAACCGAAUGGGACCAAAGAAUUCCCAGCCAGAACAUGUAAGGAUCUUCUCAUGUGCUACCCUGGUCUACAAAGUGGUGAAUUCUGGGUUGAUCCAAAUGAGGGCAUAACGGAGGACGCUAUCAAAGUUUACUGUGAUUUCUCCUUCAACGCCACUUGUUUGUACUCGAGCAAAGAAAAUAAGCCAUUUGCAUCCAAAAGGAAGAAGUGGUAUUCAGGACCAGACGUUUAUAAAUGGCUCGGCGAAGAUCUCGGAAUGUUUCAGAAGAUUAAGUACGUGAAAUUUUCUAGUCAGCUCUCGUUCCUCCGUCUGCUGAGCGACCGCGCACGUCAGAACAUCACUUACCACUGCAGAGACUCCGUCGCUUGGUAUGAUGAACAGCUUAAUGACGUCACCAAGUCCAUAAGAAUCAAGACCAGUAAUGGAGUGAUCAUUGACUCUAGCUCGUCAAACAAGUUCAAGCCCAACGUCCUCACGGACAAUUGUCGAGUUAAAAAUGGCACAUGGCUCUAUACAAUCAUCCAAGUUGACACGUCCAAACCUAAUCGUCUUCCAGUUCUUGAUGUAGCUGCUUACGACAUCGGAGAUGAAAAAGAGGAGUUUGGACUUGAAAUUGGACCUGUUUGCUUUUACUAGUUUCUCUCUUAUACUAUGCUUCGUCUUUUUUCUUUUUCUUUUUUUGUUUAUCGAGCAAAAUUCGUGAACGUGUAAUAUACGUUUUAACUUAUUUUCUGAACUUAGUUAAUAGUAUUCACUUGGGGCAAACAGUUAACUAAUAUUGUUUCGCUUUUUCGUAGCUUAAAUAAAGGCUUAGUCACAUACUCUAUUCCAAUGUAACCUCUUUUGGGAUUUGUAUGAGUAUAUUGAUUCGAAUCCGCCUAAAUUCCUGCAUACAGCAUGAAGAUGCAGCUUUAAGUUAUUUUUACGGUAGCUGCAAAAUCCUACUGCGAAAUUCGUUCUGAUUUGACAUGCGCGACCUUUCCCGGGCGUCAUUGCUAAAGAUUAUGCUUUCCGCGCUUGAUAUCGGAGCUCUGGCGGCCCGAACCGCCAAGCGGAGUCCUAUACUCAUAGGGACCUGUGAAUCGCUUUCCUCGUGGUAAAAAUGGCUAGCGGCAUUACUCGUGGGCGUGUGCGCACGACGACGACGGCGACGUCGCGCAACAUGGUGGCCAUACUCUACCUAAUAGGUUGACCGGAGGGUUGACCGAGAUAUGCAGACUUGGGGUACUUAUCAUUUACAUGGGAAAACCGGAAAUUCCAGUUGGAA